GGUGUUUUGUGAAGUACACGUGACAGCGACAUCGUCCUGCGACCGAUGUGUGUGUUUUAUUCUCAAAACUCGGCUGUCAUCCACUUGAUGUAAUCGGAUCUGGACAGUUGCCUCGACCACUAUCCCUGAAAGCUGGACACUGUUAACAGACAUUUACGACUGUUUGGAUCGGUCUGCUGAACAACUCUCUCUCUCUCUCUGUCUCUCUCAAGCAGCUCCAGCUAAGAGAUAGGGGAGGGGAGGACAGACAGUCUUCCCCCACUGUGAGGAGCUGAAACACGGGGAGAUCCCACACAGACAGGGGGGGCGUAGGAUGGUGCUUUUCAUCUCUCUGCUUGUUGUGUCUGUCCUGCCAGAAGAAGCAUGACUCCCCUCAGAUCUUGGAGAGGGAACGUCACCUACCGGAGCGACACUUGAUCUGAGGCUUUGGAACUCCACAGACUGCAAACUAAACUGAACUAAAAAAAAAAAAAAACUACAACUACCAAAGGUCUACGGGGCUCUUCCAGCUCCAAUAACAAGAACGAGAACAGUAAAAAAAAAAAAAACUUCUCCCAACUUUACUGGGACUUGUGGACUCCACCCACCCCCACGCACUCUCCUAUUUCUACCCCCGUUCGACCCCCUCUCGUCUCCUAACCCCUCGGUUGCCGUGAGAGACCCUUCCCCCUUUCAUCCGUUCCCUCAACUGUGAGCGCCCCAGCCGUCCGUCCACGCGCCACCUCCGUCCCCGUCGCCCUGGGAGACCCGGCAGGGGGGCGGCCGACCUCAGCCCCGCGCGCCCCCCACCCGACCGGCGGUAGGCUAAGGCUCCGCCGCCGCCAAAAUGGCCGCACUCGCCAGCUCACUCAUCCGGCAACGACGGGAGGUGAAGGAUCCGCAGGCCAACCGGCAGAUCGCCAACAAGCGCAAGCCCUGCCCCAAGAGCAACAAGUCCCUCUGCCAGAAGCAGAUCCUCAUCCUCAUCUCCAAGGUCCGGCUAUGCGGAAGUCGAGGGCGAAAACUCGAGAAAAGACCGGAGCCUCAGCUGAAAGGCAUUGUCACACGCCUGUUCUGCCGGCAUGGCUUCUACCUCCAAAUGCUACCCAAUGGCACCAUGGACGGCACAAAGGACGAAAGCAGCUCCUUCUUGCUGUUCAACUUGAUUCCAGUGGGGCUGCGGAUCGUGGCCAUCCAGAGCAGUAAGACAGGGCUCUACGUCGCCAUGAACAGCGAGGGCUACAUCUACGCCUCGGAACACUUUACGCCGGAGUGUAAAUUUAAGGAGUGUGUGUUCGAGAACUACUAUGUGACGUACUCGUCCAUCCUGUACCGGCAGACCCAGUCGGGGCGGGCCUGGUACAUCGGCAUAAACCGCGACGGCCAGGUCAUGAAGGGCAACCGGGUCAAGAAGACCAAGGGGGCCGCCCACUUCCUACCCAAACUCAUAGAAGUGGCCAUGUACAGAGAGCCUUCACUGCACGAGAUCGGAGAGCAGAGCCCUCCACGGAAAACGGCCAAGACAUCUGACUCGCCCGUCCACCAGAAAAGCAAAAAAGAAGCACCGACCAAGACGGCCGCCUCCUAGCGCCGGCCGAAACCGGGGCACGGACGUGAAUGUGACCAUGGGACAAGAGCACAGGGCAGGGCACACACAAACAAACAAGCAAACAAACAAAUAAACAAAAAUAACUAACAAACUAACCCAAGGAAAAAAACAAAUCAGUGCGAACUACAUGCAUCUGACCUCGGAGAACAACAUUUCCCAUGAUUCAGUUCCCUGGGCAUCACUGAACCCUACCUGACAGAUAUGGAACCCAUGGGAAUCUGCCCCGUCUUGCCCAGCCCACUGACAACAACCAACCAACACUCAACCCCAAAUAUACUUGCUGAUUUCAGAGCAAUAAAACUGACCACGCAGAAGAGGUGUGAGACUUGUGGCCCAUCACAGUAGUCUUCCCUCCCGCUGAGCCGAAGAGGAAUGGAAACAUUUCCUUUUGAUUGUUUUUGACAUUGCUAAAACACGCUGCUCCCAAGAAGCAAUACGCUCACACACACACACACAUUUUUGUUAUUUUGUUGUAUCCUUAGAUAACCUCAAUAUUCAAAAAUAGGGCCACUCCAACACAAAAACAACACACACACACACAUACACACACACAUCUGCUGAGUUAUACUAGAACAUGCUGAGGGGCCUAUAGUCCGCUCCUUCUCUCACACAGACACACAUGCACACAGACACAUAUGCACACACACACACACAUCCACUGAGUUAUACUAUUACAUGCUGAGAGGCCUGAGAGGCAUUAGUUCCCUCCUUCUCUCAUGUGCGAUCCGAGCAAUAUGGCCUUUUUCUGCCCCUCCUCUCAUAAUUCCUCCUCCAUCUCAGUUUGAUUACUUCAUCACUUUUCAACUUGUCAAUUUUUCACUUGACAGCACUUGAAAAACCCCACUCAUGUCUCCGGGGGGGGAACUUCCUCGCCCCUUCCAUGGGGAAAGGGGGAACACGUGGAGGGAAAAAAGGGAAAAACGAGGGAAGAUGAAAAAGAGGACUCUCUCACACAGCAUUCUGGGUAUUUUAAAAUCUCAGCAGAGAGAUAACAAAAGCCCAUUCCUCGUUAUACUUUUGCCCACUCACUCCAUUUUUUCUUAUAUACCUGCAUCAGCACUGCUGUGUGUGACAGGGAGCGUGUGUGUGUGUGUGUGUGUGUGU